UCACGGAUCAAAUAUUGCAAUAUUAAAUUUGAAGUAUUGCACUUUUCUUUUACAGCAGUCUAGCAGAGGUGGUAGUUAAUCAUCAAAGCUCAGUUUUUGAUGUAGGCCUGGGAGGCUGGGAUGAUAUAAAUUGAAAGAGCACAGCAGAGUUUGAACUUUGAACAUUGAAUGUAGCCCACAACCCCAGAAUUCAAAAAAGUUUCUUUUUUUUUUUUGUUUUUCUCCAGCAAAAGCUUCUUAUUAUGUGAUGUUCAAAGUACCAAAAGUAGCACACAAUCUGAAUUAAGUGUUUUAAGAAAUGGAUAUGGGUGGCAGCGAUGAGUUCGAGGCGGGGAAGAGAGGUGAUGAUGGUGUGAACAUCUUCAACUCAUCUAAUAUGAAUACUGCCAAUCUUGAAAUGGACUCAUUUUGCUCUGCAAUCUGGGAUCAACCUAACUCGAUAAACCACCUAGUCGUAGGCUUAGGCGAUGCUAGUCUUCAUGCCAAUGUUGAGUUUGAGCCAUCUAGAAUUAGCGGUGGCGCAAAUGGAGGUUUUGGUGUUCCCCCGAGUGGAAUGCUUAAAGGGAGCAGCUUGCUCCCACCCGCUGUUCCUCGAUUUUUACCUCACUUUCAAGUUGAUUCUGAUUUCGUUGAAAGAGCAGCGAGGCUUUCGUGCUUUAGUGCAGGGAACAUGAUGGGCGAUGUGAUGAACCCCUUUAGUACUCUCGAGUGUAUCGAUGCUCGUUCGAAGGGUUUAGCACCACUGCAAACUCAAAGGCCUCGAGAGGUUUUGGUGGGGAAUGGUUUGAAAAACGAAUCUUUACCAAUUGGGAGUUCACAAGAGAAGGAUAUUAUUAUUCGGUCUCGUGAAGAAGCAAAAGAACGAGCUGGAGUCUCUGAGGCCGAGUCUGAUGGACUCGAAUGUUUAUCAGAGAGUGCAGUUGGGCACUCUUGUUCUGCAAAGGGAGUUGGCUCCAAGAAACGGAAACGAAGAGGACAGGGUGCUGAACUCAAUCAAAACAAGAGAGAAUUGACAAAUGACGAAACUGAAAUUCAGCAGAAAGGGGCUUCAAAUGGCAGCAGACCGGGAGGAGAAAACGAUAAACCGGGGUCCCAAACUUCAGAUACUCCUAAAGACGAAUACAUUCAUGUUCGGGCUAGGAGAGGCCAGGCAACGAAUAGUCAUAGUCUGGCCGAAAGAGUAAGGAGGGAAAAAAUCAGCGAAAGAAUGAAGUUUCUCCAGGAUCUCGUACCUGGUUGCAACAAGGUCAUUGGUAAAGCCGUAAUGCUGGAUGAAAUCAUUAAUUAUGUGCAAUCACUGCAACGACAGGUUGAGUUCUUAUCGAUGAAGCUUGCAACAAUAAACCCGGGGCUGGAUUUCAACUCUGAUGUGGUCUUUCCAAAGGAGAUUUCCCGAGCUGCUUGUUCUUCGUCUUCGUUAGCAUUUCCACCUGAUAUGGCUAUGCCCUAUCCACCAUUACACCCUCCACAACCCAUGAUGAUUCAAGGAGGCCUUACUGGCUUGGAAAAUUCCACUGCUGCAUUACAUAGAACCAUCAAUUCCCAAUUACCAAACAAAAGUGAGACCAACAAGGAUCAUCCUACAUCUAAGGUAUCCAACACAUGGAAUGAGUUCCAUAAUGUUUUCCAGAUGGGUUUCAACUCCACUGCUCCCCUCAGCACCCAAUUCACGAGCUCUCUACCACCACCCGAUCUUACGAAAACAGAACCCUGACUGAACAUUUUAUCGGAUAUCUGUCGCUAUGCCUAGCGGUUUAUUUCUUCCAGUUCUGAGGCUUCCUGUAAAGUUGAAUAUCCAGUCAGGUAUUUGUCACUAUGAAUUGAAGGCUAUUCCCCAGCAUGAUACACAGUAUAGAUUUGAUGCUCUGAGUUGAGUUGUACAGGCAGUGAAAGUGUAAGAUUUCAGGAGAAAAUGCAGUUGUAAAUUCAGUGAGAGCUGAGACUAUUUUUAGUCUUUUACUCUUCAAUUGGAAAAGGAAAAGUUCCUAUCAUUUGGCUAGUGAUUAUGAUGAUUUUAUUGUAUUGGUUUAUUUAUUUGUUUCUAUGGGUGCUUCUUGGAGAGCCA